AUGGUGCAUAUGAGCUUUUGCAUCUCAAAGGGGUAUCUAAUCUUCAAGAAUAGGAUACUGGACGGCUUUCAUCUUGCCUUGACGAUCCACUGUGUUUACAUUUAUUCUGUUACGGGGUUUGGGAUUAUUUUGGGAUUAACUCAUAUUGUCUGGUCUAUAAAGCUGCAAGUUGCACUGAAUGUAUACCUACCAUUCCCUCGCCGCCCAGAAGGCCACUUAUCUCCAUUUUUAACAGCUUGUACGCAAUGCGCGUCUGGAAACGUCAGCUGGCUCCCAUUAUGUUUUUCAUUGAAGAUCUCUGACUCCCCUUUGCAUCGAAUCAGUCGGUGGAUAUCACCGCGGAAUUUUGGGCUACAUCGUGGCCUCUGUUGUCACUGGGGGAUGUGUCAUAGGUCUCGUGCUUACGUAUCAAUUGUAUGGGAGAUUGCUCUUUUGUUGCAAGUUUCUCACCCAAUAUCUGGUAAAAGAUACAUUGUCAACAGCUACGCUGCGCUCGCAAACAUUUCAUGGAUCAUCAACGCCGCGCUUGGGACAUCCACAGCCAUCGACUUCGUGAUAUCUGGAGCUAUGUGCUAUUACCUUCGAAUGAGUCAAGGGAAAGCAUCGCACCUCGACUCAAGAAUAUCAGCUUUGAUGCAAUAUACUUUGAGCUCAGGCCUAUUCACGAGCGCCUGUUCUCUCUCUGCUAUGUUUUCAUACAUCCUCCUGCCCAAUACCUUCGUUUUUCUAGGGAUAACAUUCUUGUUGACAAAACUUUAUGUCGGUUCUUUCCUUGCUAUGCUCAAUGCAAGAGAGCGAAAAGCACCCCAAGUUGCCACAGAAGACGAAGCGGUUCAUACCCAACAGAAGAGGAUUAACUGCAGAGUCACAUCAAGUUUCUGGAGCCCCGCACCACUAUCGCCAAUAUCGCCAGGUAGCUCAACAACUCUGGGACAGACGAAACCGUGGUAG